AUGCAGAAAGCUUCCAGGCGGUCGACUCGGUCGCGAAUAUCCAAGGCUUGCGACCGUUGUCGUCGACAGAAGCUCAAGGCACCGGCCACCCCAGCGGCUUCCGCCGGAUCUGAUACACCGCAGGUCAUACCGAGAAGAGCGUCCGAGGACCUUCAACAAUAUGCAACUGGUACUUCGGCGAUUGGUUUCGCCAGGCAGGUUUAUAACGAGGAGGAGACAGGCCGGACCUUGACUGAAGCUGCUGUGCCGGGUGAUGUUGGCAUGGUGGGUGCUGAUAACUCACUAUGGGGCCUGAAAGAGACACCCAUGCCCCCAACGACUGUGAUGCUUGCAUUGAUCAACGCCUACUUUGACCGAAUGCAGUGGUUUAUUUUGGUGCUCCACGAGCCGUCAUUUAGAGAAAUGGCCCAGCCAAUUAUCUCUCAGCAUCAAUGGCAACGCCGGGAUCUUGGUGCAGUCAUGACGGUGCUUGCUGUCGCUGUUAUCAGCUUACAAUCAGUCCUCCCCGACGCAGAUUGGCCUGGUCAUAUCCUUCUAUCCAGGCAUUCAAUUGAUGCCCAGGAUUUGCUGAACAAAUUUCUGACAGAGAUUCGUUCCCGUGUGCUUGACAUCUUGGAGGACCGCCGUAUGGAAGGGGUGCAAGUCUGUCUUCUACUCUGUUGCUAUUACAUGUUCCACAGCUCUCCAAAUAUGGCCUGGACCACGUGUGGCAUGGCGUUCAGAGCUGCAUAUGCUCUCAAUCUUCAAGAAACAAGCACAUCGUCGCUGCCUUCUAUCGCUAAUGAGACACGCUCUCGUUGCUGGAACCAGAUCAUCAUUUCGGAUACAUUUUGCUCGAUUCUCUAUGGGCGCCCUGCUUCUCUGCCUUCGGCCAACGUUCGUCAUCUACAGCUCGUCGACGACCUGGUCUUUGACCACUCCCUGCUAAGUAAUCUAUCAGUGGAGAAUAGCGACGGAAUAACGUCGCGCGCCCCAUUUCACGUCUUAAAGACAGAUGUGUAUGCGAUCGCUCGCGAAAUUCUUAUCCGCUUCCGUCGGCUUGACCUGACAUCUGGAAUAGAGGAACAGAACUUGGAAGCUAUCAUUCGUAUUACCGAGGAGUCGAACGCUCUUCUCACUGACUGGUGGAAAGCCGUCCCGAAAUUAUAUGACUUUGACUACUGGAAAGCAGAUGGUCGCUGGGAGACCGUUGAAGGGCAGCUGCAAACACUUCCGCCUCAAGAAAGGCAGCAGGUGGAGACAAUCUAUCUACAGGCUGCUGUUCUUCAAUUGACGUACGAUGGCAUGGUCAUACAAGCAAAUAGACCGCUGUUGGAGCGAAGAAUCAACAGGCUAACAUCUUCGCGGGGGAUCAUGGAUGCGAUGCAUAGGGCGCUAGACCGAGCCACAGCUGCUGCCCUUCGCAUAUCCCGCGUGCCAAUUCACACAUUAAAGAAUCACUUCGCUAUAGCAGUUGUAUCCAUGACAAAAUUUACUGCUGGUGUGAUACUCUGCAUACCUCCAACUGUGAAACCUUUAACGGCCACCGCUCACGAGGCAAAGGAUGGGGUGGUAAGAAUAAUUCGCGCUAGUCGAAGUCUCAAGAGCCACGAUCGAAUAGCAAGGCAAACUGAACAGCUUCUGACGGAGCUGCUGAAAGUUACCACUCAGCGCGAGAUAACACAUGCCUUGGCUGAUAAUAUCGAAACAAAUUGCCCUUCGGAUACGCGAUUAACUGGUUCUGGGGUUGACGGCCCCUCGAAUGACUCCUUGAGUGCAGGGCGCUCCAGGACAAGUCACGGACCCGCAGCGCAGGCCGCUGUAGACCCUGUCCAAGGUUCCUGGGACACAGACUACAAUGCCCCCCCUGCCGUAAUGGGACCAUAUGAUUUCCUCCCUGCCCAGGCCUUUCAACAGCUGGACGAUACAUUUGGUGCAUUUGGAGAAUCCAUGUUUAACUUGGUCCCUGAUGAUCAAAACAGUACGUGGAACUGGGGCCGAACAUUUCCCUAGUCAAAGGAGCGGAAGGGAGUCAACGUGAUCAGUACACCCUUGUAGCUCGUUGAUAUAUCCUAGGGCCAAGCUAAAGUCUAGAGAGGAUGGUGGAAG